AUGAUGUCUCUGGCCGAAUCUACCCAGCGUUCGUUGGAGGAGGAAUCGUUCAUCAUACUCGGGACCUCGCCAACACCCUCGAUGGUCAACUAUUCCCUCGCCCCGGUUUCCUCGCAGCCAGCAUCGGUGGUGGAGCGUGAAAUCGCAGACUCAGCAAAAUCUUUGGCGACACUCACAACUUCAGUGCACAAGAUGGAAAUUUCAACACAGCUCGAUUCCAACACGUACAGCCUGCUAACGAACGGCGGAACCGUUCUAAACGCAUCAUCCAUUGCACCACAAACAGCAAAAUCGUUCGAUGAAUCAUCAUCCCCAAAAGUGUCAAUGAUUGCAUCAACCGAAUCAAUGCACCAAGCGCCGCGCUCGGUGAAAGGUUCCCUGAAAAGCCUGCAAUCGAUCGAGAACAAGGAAAAUGUCCCGCGUGAUGGUCUGUUGGCCAGCUCCAUCCAGACUCCGACAGCCUCCUUCAUCCUGGGAGAAACACAAUCGAUACUGCAGCAGUUUCCCAGUUUGGCCCAUUCGUCGGUCUCUUUCGAGGAGGUUCAGUUGCUGCAGAAGCUUAGCAUGGAGCACAGCCAGCUGAAGGAAAGUCUGCAGCGGGCUAAUGUGGCGAUGCGUAAGAACUUCACGUCCAUACAGCAGCUGCAGGACGAAACAAAGGCACGGUACGCCGAACAGGACGCCUGCAUAGAGGAACAAAAGCUGAAAAUCGAACAGUUGUCAGCGGAAAAUAACCGGCUGGUGGCAGAAUUGGAGGCUUUCAGAGCUGCUGCGACUACGAAGGAAAACGAGCUGCAGAGUUCGUACAAAGAGCUGCAAGUGGAGUUGGAUGAAGUUGGUCGAGUGCGCGAAGUGGAACGCCAAUCGGCUCAGUCCGAAGUGGACGAACUGCGCAAGGAAUCAUCGGAACGGCAGGCUAUCAUACAGAAUCUGACCAAGCAUAUCGAACGCCUGGAACUACAAAUCAAAGGCUUUGUGGUGGUGAACAACAACAAACCCGAAAGUGACGAUGGAAAGGCGAGCUACGUUUCGGGAGAAACUCACAAACGCGAAAUGAAGCAGCUCGAGAGACGUUUGUCAAUGGAGGUGGCCAAGAAUUUGGAAUUUGAAGAUAUGCGAAAUGUCUACGUCGAUGAGAUUAACUGUCUCAAGGCAAACGUAAAAGCAGCCGAACAAAUUUAUGCAGCUACACGUGUCGAGACGCAAAAGCUGUUUGAUGACAUCAAGUCCCGUGACGAAAACAUAAAGCAACUGCGUGAGGAAAUUACCGGACUGCAGGAGCGGGUAGAGAUGCUGACAGUACAGUCAGACAUUUUCCAGAAAGAUUUCGAAGCCGAACGUACCGCCCGCGAAGAACUGGCAGGUGAAAAGAGUCGUAUUUUGGGCGAAUUCGAAGUAUUGCAGCGUCGCAAUGUGGAGCUGAAUGCGCAAGUUUCGCAAUCAGAAUCCGAACGCGAAGAAGCAGCGCAGCGCGCUGCAAUAAUGGUUCAGAAGGCUACAUCCAGCCAGAAGACGACGGAAAAUCGCAACACACCCGCCGACCAGUUGGUAGAGGAAGAGAAGGAACCGCACAGUUUGCUACGCUGUCCGCUGUGCCUGAAAGGGUACAAAGAUUUUAGUUCGUUGCAGAGCCAUGCGGCUGACUGUAUGGGUAUCGAUUAG